AUGCCGUUUAAGUUACAUUUGAAAAAAAGUAGACAUUACAAUGUUAUAUCUAAAUCUCUCUUUGUUAUUUGUGUCGAAUUACUCGAUGGAACAACUAUUGAAUGUUCCUUAUCAGCUGAAAGUUUGGGAUCGGAAUGUAUGGAAUACGUUUGUCAGAGACUUGGUUUACAACAGCAUGAAUUUUUUGGAUUGUGUUACACAUCCAGACAUGGAAUAUGUAAAUGGGUAGAAAUGGACAGACCGUUAAAAAGACAGCUAGAUAAAUAUGGGCGAGAUCAAAGUUUAUAUUUAAGAGUUAUGUAUUAUGUUAAUAAUGUUUCAUUGAUACAAGAUGAAACAACUAGAUAUCAUUAUUUUUUACAAAUUAAAAAAGAUGUUAUCGAAGGUAGAAUUCAAUGUAGAGUUGAAGAAGCCGUUUUACUGGCUACAUUUGCCAUGCAGGCUGAAUUUGGGAAUCACGAUCAUGAAAGACACACGGCAGAAUAUUUAAAAGAUUUUGUAGUUUUUCCUCAACACAUAAUAGAACAUGCUCAUCAUUUGGAUUUGUAUGAAGCUGUAGUUCAACAACAUGCUGGUUUGGCUGGUCUUCCUCAGGGAGUAGCAAAAGAACGUUACAUAUUAGUUGCAAAACAAUUAGAUGGAUAUGGUCAAGAAACUUUCCUUGCCAGAGAUGAACAAAGAAAUCCCGCAUUGGUAGGAGUAUCAUUAAAUGGUAUAAUUGUUGGACAGGAAAAUAAUACAUGCACAAAAUUUUAUCAAUGGAAAGACAUAUCUAACGUGAUAAAUCACAAAAAACAGUUUAUAAUUGAAUGCCAAUGUCCCGAAGAUAAUGUUCAAUUUGAAUUUGGUGAUCCGGAACUUGCCAAAUAUGUUUGGAAACUUUGUGUUCUUCAGCACACAUUUUGUAUGCAAAACGACCAAAGUUCAGAGAAUGCCAUUAAUAGGCCUGAAAGGAAUCCUUUACAAACUUCAAACGAUCAUGUUCAGUUCAAUAAUCUUUUUAAACAAACAGCAGAAUCAAGACUUGUAGACAGUUUAAAUGAUUUAGGUAGAAAUGAUCACAUGUUUAGAAGCAGUAGCCUGACACCGGGUGUAGGUCAAAGAGCACAGUCAACAUCUUAUUUAGACUUAAGUUCUCAGCCUGAUGCUGACAGAUUGAGAUCAUUAUUGCCAUCUUAUCGUCCUGCUCCUGACUAUGAAACUGCCAUACAGCACAAAUACAUUAGGCAAGCAGCAAACAUAUCAAGAUCGAAUCCUCAAGUUGGCUUAUUAUACAGUAGCCAACCUGAAAUACAUCAGACUCACAUUCACGAGAAUGUGGGUGGAUAUUGUUAUCCAGAUGUCACUCAGGUAAAAAGAAUGUAUGUUGAUGACGAUCAACAAAGAAUGGUCAAGGCCAAUCAUGGACCUCCUGGAAUGACUAUUCAUACUUACAGUACGCCAGAUUUAGAUAAUUUGGAAUCUCGGUUAUUGGCUGGAUUUCAAUUGCUUCAAUUGUACAAAGCACCUCCACCUUAUAGAGAUCCAUUAGCUAGGCCAAAUAGUAAUAGUACACCGGAUCUUGCCUCACAAACAUUUGGACCUCUUCGAAUGGCUUUCAAUAAACCUCAGGUCAGCGGUUCAAGUCCGGAUUUAGUCUCUUCCAGGACGUUGUCUGCCAGAAAUUUUAGUCAUCCUUAUCUGGAACAACUACAUCCGAAUUCGGAAGCUCACAGGACUUACACUAAUCUUGCCAAUAUAGAAGGACCGACUUUGAUGUAUCAAAAAGGAAUUUCUCCCAAUCCUGUCGCUGCGUAUCGAAUCACCGCGAAAACUCUUAAGGAAAACACGGAACCGAUUUAUGAAAAUAUUCCACUCCCGUGGAGAGAAGAUUCAGAAUUAAGAAGUAGAACGUCAAGUAUACAGUCAGCUCCCGAAAUAAUAACGGAUAAGGAUCAGGGACAACAACAAAAAUUACAACAAACGCAGCAGCAGCAGCAGCAACAGCAAAUGCAACAAUUACCGACGCUUCAACAACAACAUCAAACAACAAAUGGAAAAAUCAUUAUUAAAGAUAAUCAAUCAGAAAAUAAUGAUGUUAAGCAAAAAAAUAAUUUAAAUUUAUCACAAACAACAACAACAACAACAACAAACCAGACAAAUACGAUUCUAUUGAAUUCUUCAACAAACAGUACAAACACAAAUUCUGAUUUGAAUAAAACUGACAUUUCAUUGUAUUCUACAGAAAAAUCCACGACGAGUACCGAAACGACUUCGAGUAAGGGAAAAUCAUGGAAAAGAUGGGGAGGGAUUUUAGGAAAAGGAAAAAGCAACACUUUGCAAAAAUCGAGAAAUAAAAACGAGAAUAACGCGAGCAGGGAACAACCCUACAGGUGGAGCACGGGACUCCGUUGGUUACCCAUUAUUCCGACGGCGUCAAAGGAAACUUUGUGUCAGUGCCUCGAGAAAAAAUUAUCGGAUCCGCAAAUAUUUUACGAAUUUGAUAAAAUUCCCAAAAUGAAAAGGAAUCCCGAUUUCAUCACGGCUCUUCAUCCCGACAACGUGGAUAAAAACAGAUUCAAGGAUGUUUUACCCUACGAAGAAAAUAGAGUUCGACUAACGCCUACGAAGGAUAAUAAAAUGGGAUACAUCAAUGCUUCUCAUAUCACGGCCACAGUCGGAAACAGUCAAAGGUUUUACGUGGCCGCUCAAGGUCCCUUAUCAAGCACGGUUGAUACGUUUUGGCAAGCAGUUUGGGAAGUUGAUGCUUACCUUGUUGUGAGGCUAACAUCUAAAGAAGAAGAAGAUUGUUUCACUUACCUUCCCGCAUCAUCGGAUCAUUGCUUACAACUCGGCGAGUAUCAAAUUUGGAAAGAAUUUUCACAAGAAACUGGUCAUUGUUUGACGAGUCGUCUAAGGGUGCAACACACGACGGCGAGACGAAGUCGAUCGAUUUGGCAUCUCCAGUACACAGAUUGGGGAGAUCAAGGGUGUCCCUCUAGUCCAUCUCAUUUCUUAGGUUUCUUAGAGGAAUUAAAUUCCGUUCGUUUGCACACGAUCGAAGACGUACCUGCGGGUCACAACAGGAAUCCUCCCGUAUUGGUUCACUGUAGCGACGGAGUGGGAAGAACGGGAGUUACCAUUUUAUGCGAUCUGGUACUUUACACUCUCGAUCAUAAUCAGGAGGUGGACGUGCCGAGGGUUGUCGCACUUCUUCGUCAUCAAAGAAUGCUUAUGGUUCAAAACGUUGCUCAGUAUCAUUUCACCUUCAAUCUUCUGCUGACUUAUCUCAAACAAUCCCGUCUUAUCUAA